CAUGAUAUACUAUUUAUUCUAUUGGACUUAAUUAUACAAAUACACCCCAAAUAAUUCUAAUUUUUAUCCCAAAUUAAAUUAAAUCGCACCACAAUAUUUUCCUAUAUAAACCCCAUCUCCACACCCAAAAUCAUCUCACUCAUCAACAUUUUCUUUCACUAAAAAUAAAAUAAAAUAAAAUAUCACCUCAGUCAUGGCUGCAACGACCAAGGCAAUGUGCGUGGCCCUGAUCGCCGCCGUGCUGGUGGCGGCGGCCGCACCGCCUGCCGAGGCGGCGAUAGGCUGCGGCACGGUGAUCUCAUACUUGUCACCGUGCCUCCCAUAUGUCACCAACAGAGGCCCACUUGCCGGGUGCUGCGGCGGAGUUAAGGGACUGUUCAACGUCGCCAAGUCCACCCCCGACCUCCAGGCGGUGUGCCGCUGCCUGAAAUCCCUCGGCGGCUCCUACAACGGCGUCAACUUGGGCAAGGCCGCCGGACUUCCUCAGCAAUGCGGUGUUAACAUCCCUUACAAGAUUAGCCCUUCCACUGACUGCUCUAAGGUGAGGGGAACAUGAAUUUGGAGGAGACCAUUUUGCAGGAGGAAGUCUACAUUGUGUUUGUUACAGAAUAAAUAUUAUGAUCAGCAAAAAUAAUUAGUUUUUGUGGACUAGUAGUGGGUGAGUUUUAUUUUACCGCGGGGUAAAAAAAGUAUUUGAAUUUACAGUUAGUUUCGAGUCAGUGAGUAUUUGAAUUUACAGUUUUACAGUGCUACUUUCACGUGUGAUGAAACGGUGAAAUUUGUUUCAAUGUAGUUUAUAACUCGAUUCAAGCUCAA